AAGGCCCGCUUCCCUUGUUUUCUGGGCCAAUUGUAAACAACAGCAGCUGACGCGAAGCCCGGAAAGAUGAAUGCUCCGCCGACAUUCGAGUCAUUUCUUCUCUUCGAGGGAGAAAAGAAAAUUAUCAAAGAAGUGGAUACGAAGGUUCCAAAUGCUGCCAUUUACACCAUCAACAAGGAAGAUCACACCCUAGGCAACAUGAUUCGAAUGCAGCUGCUGAAGGACCCUAAUGUAAUCUUUACUGGCUAUAAGAACCCUCAUCCUCUCGAGCAUAAAGUGUUACUCAGAAUACAGACUUCAGAUGCCAGUUACACCCCACACGACGCCUUCAUGAACGCCAUCACAGACUUGAUAUCCGAACUUUCCCUUCUCGAGGAAAGAUUCAGAGAAGCCAUCAGAGAGAAGAAAGAAGGCUUUGACUAAGAAGGACAAAAUUCUGGCCAUUUGCUCCACCAGUCAUUCUCGAACCAUUUCAUUAGAUUAUCACGACUUCAUGUUUGUCUGCAAGUAAUGGAUCAUGCAUUGGUCAAGAGUUCAUGUUAAUCACUAAGUGUUUUGUGUUUUGGUCUUUUAAAAGAUUUAGGUUGAGAUUCGUUUUCAAGAUUCAUAUUUAAAAUUUUUGUUGUUUCAUGAAAUUUGUCAUUUUCAUUGCCAAUAAGCAAAUGGGAAUAGGAUUUUUAAAAUGAUACUUUAUUAGCCUUUAUAAUAAACCGCACUAGCAUAAUCCCCCCUUGAUAUUUGAAGGAAUAUACAUGGAGAACACUAAGAUGAUGUGUUAAAAUGUAUGAUGACAAAAAGCCAUAUUCUUAAUAAAUUUUGAAAACUUCAAUCUAAAAAA